GGCACUAAACCAAACAACUAGAAAAUAAGUAGUGCUGUUCGCCAAUUAAUCAGAGCCACUAACACGCCAAAACCGCGCCUAAGCAUGGCCGCCGUACGCCGCUCUACGCGUUUAAGCAGCAUCAGCAAAUCGACGGCUGCGUCGCCGUUGCCGCAGUCGCCGCGGACAACGACGACGUCACGACGCUCUGAGAUUUGGCGAAGGCGACAGACCAAAGCCUCAGAAGACAGCAGCGACGAGGAGGAGCGAUAUGAUAUCAUUAGUGUAAUUUCAGAGAAUAACGAAAACAGCAACCUGUUGAAUAAAAUGGAACGGACGGCGCGUCGCAGGACGGCCCCCGCAAAUGUGAUCCAAGAAGAGCCAAAGACGCCACGCAGCAGCAGCAAGAAGUCGAUGGCCAAGGCGACCAGUCUGGCCAGGCGCGUGCAGGCCAGCAAAGAGGCAGUAUUAAGCUAUAACGUAACCAGCAACGACGAGGAGGAGCAGGAUACCCAUUCCCAUGUCUCGCCACCGAAGCAGCGGAAGCUGAAGCCGCUGCCGCAGCAUUUGAUAAGUCCCUCGCGACUGCUGGACAGACUAAGCAUCGACGAACGCCAAGAGCCAGAGCACAAGACUGAGAAGAAGCCACAGGAGGAGGAGGAGGAGCCAGAAGCUGCACCUGAACGUGCGCCUGCAGCUGCACCCUCGCCUCCGCGCAACAAAUACCAAAAUGCCAGACGCGUUCUGAACAGCGCAGAGACCCAGAAUCUGCCAGGGCGCGAGGCCCAGCUCCAAGAACUGCGCGAAUACUUCACCAGCCACCUGGAGAGCCAGUCGUCGGGCAGCCUGUACGUCUCGGGCCAGCCGGGCACCGGCAAGACGGCCUGCCUCUCGCUACUGCUGCGUGAUCCGGAGUUCUCGAAGCGACUGCAACGUGUCUAUAUCAACUGCACCAGCAUUGCCAGCGUGGGCGCGGUCUACAAAAAGCUCUGCGCCGAGCUGCAGCUGAAGCCAGCGGGUCGGACCGAACGUGACAACCUGGAGGCCAUACAGCGGCAUCUGCGCACCGCCAAGCGCAUGCUGCUGCUGGUGCUCGAUGAGAUCGAUCAGCUGUGCACGACCAGGCAGGCCGUGCUGUACACGAUCUUCGAGUGGCCCGCCCUGCCGGGCUCCAGGAUUCUCCUCGUGGGCAUUGCCAACAGCUUGGAUCUCACAGAUCGGACGCUGACGCGUCUGAAUGCCCGCUGCGAGCUAAAGCCCCGCCUGAUGCACUUCCCCUCCUACACCAAGCAGCAGAUCGUGGAGAUAUUCAAGUCACGGCUGGCCGAGGCGGACGUGCUGGAUGUCUUUCCACCGGUCACGCUGCAGUUGCUGGCGGCCAAGGUGAGUGCGGUCAGUGGGGAUGUGCGGCGCGCCCUAGACAUUGGGCGGCGAGUGGUGGAGAUAGCCGAGCAGCAGAAGCGCGACGGCGAAAGGGAGUUCAACCUGAAGGCCUUGGAAUUGCCAGAUGGCCAGGAGAAGGCAGAGACGAGGCCGGACAUCAUGAAGCCUGUUCAGGUCACCCAAGUGGCUGCCGUUCUGAACAAGGUGUAUGGGGCCUCGCAAAAUCUCGAGGAGGACAUUGAGGCUGCCUUUCCGCUGCAGCAGAAGCUGAUGCUGUGCAGCCUGGUGCUCAUGCUGCGCAACGAGCGCAACAAGGACAUUAGCAUGGGUCGCCUGCACGAGGUCUAUCGCAGGGUGUGCGCCAAACGGAACAUACUGGCCCUGGACCAGGCCGAGUUCACGGGCACCGUGGACCUUGUGGAGACCAGGGGCAUCCUACGCAUCAUGCGCAAAAAGGAGCCGCGCCUGAGCAAGGUCCUGCUGCAGUGGGACGAGGAGGAAGUGCAUGCGGCCCUAAGCGACAAGCAGCUGAUCGCUUCGAUCUUGAACGACACCGCCUGCCUGAGCAGGUGACGAUGAGGAUGAUUACCCACCCUUCACCCACCUCCGCCCUUCGGAUGAACAGAACAGAAAAUUAGUUUGCUAAACAAUUUCUCGAGUUAAUUGCGCAUUUCUCACAUUCUCAUUUCACCUUGGGGACGCGACUGCGACGACGUCGAAUUUUGAGCAUUGAGAAUACAUAUAAAACACACAAAAAUGUACACUUUUGACGCUAAAUUUAAAAUUCGUGGCUGUGUGGCGCAAGCACACAAAAUAUUUUGAAAUAUCAUUUGAGGGUCACUCCUCGCGACUUUGGCUUUUAAUUGAAUCGAA